AUGUUUCUAACAACUUCACUACUCCUAUUUCUUUGCAAACGUGGAAAAAAGAAGCCGAGUGAUGACGUGGAUUCGGAGAAAGAGUCUACGAAACAACGAGAGACGCAGACUCAGAAGGAUGCAGAGCUGGAAUCACAGUUAUUAGAAUUGUUAGAACAGCUGAGUGAUUCGGAUAAAAAGAAGAAAAGAAAGGGAAGGAAAAAGAAGAAACAGAAAAGAGGAAAGUUGGAGAAGAAUGAAAAGAAAAGACGGAGAAGAGGAGACGGACCAGAAGAUGCGCCGCGAAAAAUUCCGUUGAACGAGAAGGAGAUGAGGAUUGCGAAAGGACUGAAAGUGGCUAGUGGCGACUAUCCGACAAUGGAUAAUGUGAAGUCAGAUUGGGAUCCAGAAUAG